AAAAGUUCCCGCCAUAUUUCUUUUAGCACCUCAAAUCGGAGAAACCCUAGAGUGAGAGAAGAGAGAGCGCAAAAUGAAAGAGGAAAUCAAAUCCGAAUUCAAAAAAGCAGGGUUCGAUCUCGACGAAGAAGAAGAGAUUCUGAGUAAAUGUCUCACUUUUUGCAUCAACUACAGUCUCACUCCUUCCGAUCUCGUCUCAAGCUGGGAAGUUUAUUACCUUAAUAGGCAGCUGAAUGAACCAACGGUUGAAAAUGCUGAAAUGGAAGGCUUUCUCAUUCAUCUACAAAAUAUUACGAAAGAAGAUAUUAUAAAGGAAGAAACUGGUUUGCAUCUUUAUUCUAUCAAAGAUGUAGAAAUGAUCUUAAAUAAUGUUGAUGAUGAUAUAAAGGAUGAUACUCCCAGUACACCAACAAAUCAUCAUCAAAAUGUUUAUUCUCCUACACAUGAUACACCGUCUUUGUACGGGAAUGUUUUAGCUUCUGGAAAACCAGCAAAUCUGGUGACACCUUUCUCAAAGCGAAAAGAUAGGUUUGCGGUGAAAUUCAGCAUCAACACCAUGCCUGAUGUAGAAAAUGGAAGACAAGAACUUAAUCAUGAGAAUGCAGAGAAUGACGAGUACAGUAUUGUUACGAGAGUCCAAACCCGGAAAAGAUGUUCAUUGGUGUUUCAUGGAUCAGGGCCUAAACCAGGUUGCAGAUUCAUGUAUGAUAGGACGGAGGAUAGGAUUAACGCAAUAGAAAGCCGAAUUAGAAAACAUGCAAGAGCACUUGUAGCUUCUGGGCUCUAUGAAGAACCAACAGACCCUACAGUUGCCUCACCUAGAAGCAUUUUUGCCGUUGGCAUGAUUUGUUGUGAUGGAGAAGGUCGUCUCAAUGAGAAAUCUGUAAUGUUGCAGAGCAGUAUUGAGCAUUCGGGAGGGGAAUGUGUCCGCCUAGACUUACAACGUUUAAGUCAUUUUUCAGUUUUCCCUGGCCAGGUAGUUGGAAUUGGAGGGCAUAAUCCCAGUGGGCAUUGCCUUGUUGCAUCUAAAUUGGUGGACUGUGUACCUACCCCUGUUGCUAACGAGGAUUUUAAUCCUUCAAAGAAGCUAGCUAUUGAUAAGGAGAAUCCGCCAACUGAUCUUCUUUGUAAUCAGAGAGAAUUAUCAAUGAUUAUUGCGGCUGGCCCUUUUACUACAACCGACAAUUUGUUGUUUGAGCCUCUUGUAGAACUGCUGGCAUAUGCAAAGCGAAGACCGCCACAGUUACUUGUAUUGCUGGGACCAUUCAUUGACUCUGAACACCCGGACAUCAAGAAAGGAACCGUAGACAUGGUUUUUAAUGACAUAUUUCGUUUUGAAGUCUUGAAGAAGUUGGAAGAUUAUGUAGAAUGUAUGGGUUCAGCAGUGCGUGUUCUCCUUGUACCAUCUAUACGGGACGCUAACCAUGAUUUUGUUUUUCCUCAGCCUGCAUUUGAUAUCAGUCUACCUCAGAUAUCCAGUCUCACUAAUCCUGGAAUCUUUGAGGCAAAUGAGGUCAAAGUUGGUUGCUGCACUUUGGAUGUUCUCAAGCAGAUCAGUGGGGAGGAGAUAUCACGAAUUGCAGCAGAUGGGAAGCCUAUUGAUCGCCUGAGUAGACUUACAAACCAUAUUCUUAAUCAGCAAAGUUUCUAUCCACUUUACCCACCCGCAGAAAGUGUUCCCUUGGACUUUUCUCUGACGCCAGAAACUCUUCAACUCUCAUUGGUUCCAGAUGUCCUUAUCUUACCUUCGGACAUCAAGUACUUUGUCAAGGUUCUUAAUAAAGAAAGCGACGAGAUAAAUGGCAUGAAAUGCAUUGCCGUUAAUCCGGGAAGAUUAGCCAAAGGAGAAGGAGGAGGUACUUUUGUAGAGCUUGAUUACAGUGGGGGUCCCGACAAAUUUAACGUUUCAAUUAUGGGCAUAUGAAUAUUUGUUUAGAACCCUUAAUUUUUUUGGGUGACUUUUUGUCACACCAUAAGCUCGCCCCUGAUGCAUAGAAAAUUUGCUUUAGAAACUCGGGCACCUUUGUAACAUCAUUGUCUCAGUUUUCUUCAAUUAAAUUUGAAAAAGAAACAGAGAUAUGUAUUAUGUAUUCUUAUUACAGAUUUUGACUUGAUAAGAUGCUAGUCUAACAACGAAAACCUUGUAAAAAUGCUUCAUUUCGCAUAGCGUAUGUAUAGAAACAUGUUGUGAUGCUUUUA